UCACAAGUACAGGGUAUAAUAGUUACCAUGGAAAUCAGCUAACUCAAGCAAGAUGGCCACAAGCAAAAGAGACUCUAAGGCAACUACAAAGCCUGAAGGUACUACCACUGUAGUCCCUUCAUAUCUUAUAAGUACCAGGCCAGUCAAACAAACCAAGGUUCAUGAUCGAGCAAUCCGCUAUCGAACUUUUCUGCACAACACCAUUGGAGCUGUUAUGAAAACAAGAGGAUGGCAAGAAGUCAAGGAAGGAGAGGAUUGGGACUUCUACUGGUGUGAUGUGGGCUGGAUGAAGGAUCACUUUGAUCAAUGUUACUUCGAGGAACAUCAGCGAAUUUGCCAUUUCAGGAAUCAUUACGAAAUCAGCCGAAAAAAUCUCAUGGCACGAAAUCUGAAGAAACUGAAACGACAGUACGAAAAAGAAUCGAAAAUUGAAGCUGCCAAAUGUGAUUUUUUCCCCACGACAUAUGAGCUACCGUCAGAAUAUCAUAUGUUUGUCGACCAAUUCAAACGCAACCCGGGCACUAUUUGGAUCAUGAAACCCGCAGGCAAAGCACAGGGGAAAGGAAUUUUCCUGUUUCGAAAACUUAAAGAUAUUACUGACUGGAAGAAGGAAGACUACUAUCACCGCAAUCGUGAUGAUGAAAAAAACGAACGUGAACCUCCCGAGACUUACGUUGUUCAGCGUUACAUCGAAAACCCUUAUCUAAUUGGUGGAAAGAAAUUCGAUAUUCGUGUGUAUGUACUAGUGAUGUCCUACACACCACUCAAGGUCUGGCUGUACAGAAGUGGAUUUGCAAGAUUCUCAAACGCCCGAUUUUCUCUCAAUUCGAUUAGUGACGCUUUCGUGCAUCUUACAAAUGUGGCCAUACAAAAAACGGCACCAGAUUACGAUCCUCAAAAAGGUUGCAAGUGGAGCCUUCAGGAAUUUCGUAUGUACCUGACGGCAAGACACGGUCAUGAAGUUGUGCGAAGGUUGUUUCAGCAAAUUGACGAAAUAUUCAUAAAGAGCUUACAGAGUAUUCAAAAAAUCAUUAUCAAUGACAAGCACUGUUUCGAGAUGUAUGGAUUUGACAUUAUGUUUGAUGAUAACCUCAAGCCGUGGCUGAUUGAAGUCAACGCUUCUCCUAGCCUCACAGCAAGCAGCCAAACAGACUAUGACCUCAAGUUUGGACUCCUAACGGAUAUGCUGCACAUUGUGGACAUGGAGGGACGACUAAGUGGCACUGAAAAGAGAAUUGGUGGAUUUGAUUUGAUGUGGAAUGAUGGUCCCGUUGCGUCGGAUGAGCUAGCACUUCAUUGUGGACAACCCGUGGUCUACUCAAGCAACAGUUUCCUAGGCUGUUACAAUGACAGAGAGGAACAACUGCAGCAACUGUGUAAAAAAUCUUAAACUUUAAUUCUUUUGAUCACUUUUAUCUAUAAUUAUAACGUAUACUGACUGUAUAUAAUUUUUAUCAGUUUGUACACACACAAAUGGCAAUAAAAUUGAUUGUUGCAUGUGCAAAACAGUGACAAUAAAAUUACAAACGUUUCUUUAUUGCAUACAAUACACAAUUAACUGCAGUCCCUAAUAAAGUUAAAUUAUUUUCUCCAUAAUCUUGCUCUCCAGUCCUUGACAGGCGCCCCCUAUGCAGCGGGUACCAUCUUUGAUCACAACAAAUCCACACUUCUCAUAAAAAGGCACAGCAUUCAGUGUUGAGCACACACCCAUGUCUCCUUUACGUCCUAAAUCAACAGCUUGUCUCUCCACUUCAGCCAUUAGCGUUUUCCCUACACCUUUUCUACCAUGGGAUGGACUAACAUAAAAUCCGUAAAUCUCAAAGUCAACUUUGCUGGAAAAUCUUGAGUCUUUGUUUUUACCAAAGUGUGCAAAACCGAUUACUUCUUUUGUGGGUGUCUCCGCAACUAAGAACACAGAGUCUUCGUUGGUGAUGUGUUUUGCAAAUUGCUCAGGGGUAGAACGUUUUGACCAUGUGUCUACUUGAUCUUUAUUGUAGAACGUCGAGCAUAUUUCGUGAAUACAAGCAAGAUGAAU